AAUGAUGUGGCUGUAAAGUUCACCUGGGAGGAAUGGCAGCUCCUGAACCCUGCUCAGAAGAUGCUAUAUCAGGAUGUGAUGUUGGAGAACUAUUGCAACCUGGUUUCCAUUGAGAUCCCAAAAGUUGAUGAUCAUUUGCUCGUUCAGUCGCAACAUGAAAGGAACAAUGACAGAACCGAACAGUUCUAUAAAUUUAAUACAUUGGAAAAUAUUCUUCAUCAGCACAAAAACAAUUUUCCUCUAAAGGAAAAUUAUGAGAUAUCUGGCAUACAUGAAAAAAUAGUAAAACCAGAUUUAAUCAUUCCAGUAUUAAAUCAAAAGAGUAGCAGCGAAAUAAAGAAGUCAGUUAUGCUCAAUGGAGAUGAAAAAACUUUUUUGAAUGUUGAAGAAGACCAAAUUUGUACUGAAGUAAAAUUCUGUGUGUUUGAAAAAUGCAGUAGCAUGAAGUCACAGCAUCAGGAAUCUGACAAAUUUGAUAAACCAGGCAUAGGUACUAAAUGUGGGAAAAACUUCAUCAAGGAGUGGUUCCUUUGUGAGGAUAUACUAGAUAAGACCUAUGAAUGCAGUCAGUAUGGGCAGGAAUUUGACAAAGUAUUCAGACUCACUGCACAUUGUCGAACAGCUCAUAAAGGACAAAACCCAUAUACAUGCUUGGAAUGUGGCAAAGCUUAUCACAGUAAACCAUACCUCCAGGAACAUCAGAAAACUCACGUGCCAGAGAAGCUCUUUGUAUGCAGUGAAUGUGGGAAAGGCUUCAACAGGAACAGUAAUCUCCGUGCUCAUCUGCGAAUUCAUACUGGAGAAAAACCAUAUGUAUGCGGUGAGUGUGGUAAAGCUUUUAGAAGAAAGCAAUGCCUUACAGCACAUCAGACAUUUCACACAGGAAAGAAACCCCAUGUAUGUGGUGAAUGUGGAAAAGGCUUUAGCAGGAAGAAGAACCUCACUGAUCAUCAGCGCAUUCAUACUGGGGAGAAACCCCAUGUAUGUGGUAAAUGUGGAAAAGCCUUUACCAUGAAGAAUGUUCUCACUGUUCAUCAGCGAACUCAUACCGGCGAGAAACCCUAUGUAUGUGGUGAAUGUGGUAAAGCCUGUAUCACGAAGGAUGCUCUCACUGUUCAUCAGAGAACUCAUACUGGUGAGAAACCCCAUGUAUGUGGUGAAUGUGGCACACUCAUACUGGAAAGAAACCCCAUGUAUGUGGUGACUGUGGAAAAGCCUUUACCUGGAAGUAUACUCUCACUGUUCAUCGGCGAACUCACACUGGAGAGAAACCCCACGUAUGCGGUCAAUGUGGAAAAGCUUUUAUCAGGAAGGAUGUUCUCACUGCUCAUCAGCAAAGUCAUACUGGAGAGAAACGUUAUGUAUGCGGUGAGUGUGGUAAAGCCUUAA